AUGCUUAGUCGCGUCGACAGUUUGCUAGGCUCACAAGCGGCUCCAAGCGGCCCUUCGCCCGCUGCAUCGUCUCAGUACACAGGGUCGAAACGAGGCGAGGAACAAAGAGAACCUUCGAGCUGUGGAGCGGAGAUUAUGUAUAAUUCGCCGAUCCGACUGCGACUAGGCAGCCGUCAGUGUUUGAAAAUAUCGACAGUUAAGGACAUUAGCCAGCAGUCUCAAACGACAUUGUAUUUGCCGCCAAGGCCGACGGGAUCAGGCACGGGAGCGGGUGGACCGGCAGGGAUUGCACAUCGCUCACAACUGUCGACUAUCAUCCAGAUUGACGUGAGUGGAGAUGGAUUGGAUGGAGACGCCGAUCAGAUAUUCGUGCUGCAAAACACUACUCUACGCUCGGACUGUGGAGAAGUUCAUUUUUCGGAUGUCGUCUCGUUAUACUGCGUUGGCGGGAGCUGCAAAGGACAGUUCUUGUCGGUAGACCCAGCUACUCAGACCUUAACGAUGAAGAAAGGGCCAGUGAUCUCCAACAGCGAGAAGUGGAGACUUGUGAAUCCUGCUGCAGAGGGCCGUGAGGACUAUCCUGUUAGUAACCAAGACUCAUUCGUCUCAGUGGGCGCUGCAAACAGACUGUGGGGCCAACAGAAAACGAUUGCAACGAGCGACAGUGUGUUGCUCAAGAUGCAUACAGCUGAACUCUAUCUUUCCGUACGCCCCGAUUGCAAAGAGAAUGAUGGUGUCAACGAUACCAUGCAGGUGUGGAAGGUCACGAAGUCGAAUUUGCCCUAUGACCCGGAGUGGAAUCGAGAACGCCCUUAUCUCACCGGCGAGGCUUUUGUACAGCUGCAAACCAAGCGACACAACUCACCAGAUGAUGGCGACUUGAACCUGCCUCCAUUGUCCACGUACCCUCCUUCAGCACAGGAAUCCAUCAUCGUGGACGAUUUGUUAUACGUCCUUCUGGGUGUGGAAGGCCGCUAUAUCAAACUAGCCGUCACCGAAACUCGUGGUGUUGACGCCGCAAGAUCAACGCGCUCAUUCAAGUUUGGACUGAACCAACCUGGUAUGGAUCCGUCUCUCCUGACUUUGGCGUCACGGUGUCUAUCGCUGGGCGAGUUCUACCUAAAACUAACGCUCUACAUUGAGCAGUUCUCUCGGUAUGAGUACGGCCAAGUGAGUCACGCCUUUUGCGCGGCGCUGAAAACGCUGGUGAAGGAAUAUAAAAUCAUGGUUGGGCAGCUGGAGCAUUUAGCAAGGAAAACAGACGGGGCAGCUUCAUUUACCAUCCAAAAGUUAUGGUACUAUGUGCAGCCAAGCUUAAGGACGUUGGAGAUGCUAAGCCUGCUGGUAUUCUCGUUCCUCAUGGAGCGAGCCAGUGUACCGUAUUUAAAGAUGGUAGAACGAUGGGUCUACCAUGGAGAUCUUGUGGAUCCAUACGAUGAAUUUAUGAUUCGGCGAGAUGACCAAGUAAGCAAAGAGGACGUAAAAGAUAACCCAUACUCGACGUACUGGCAGAGUCGAUACACGGUUCGUGCAUCGCAAGUGCCGCUAUUCCUUUCCCGCGUCGCCCAGAAAAUCCUGACUGCUGGUAAGUACCUGAAUGUCUUCCGCACAUGCAGUCGUCAAGUGGACUGUCCAUUUGCAGGGGAGCUUGUGUUUUCUUCGAGUGAAUCAGUUUACGAAGAACUGAUAGACAGGGCACACGGGUUUGCUAGUCGUGUGCUGCUGGACCUGUUCGUACGGGAGAACGACCUGCAGAACCGACUGAUCUCGCUGAAACACUAUUUCCUGAUGGACCAGGGAGACUUCUUCGUCGACUUUAUGGACGUAGCUGAGGUGGAGCUCAAGUUGCGAGCUGAUAAAUUGUCGUUACCGCGCUUGGAAUCGUUGCUCCAUUUGUCCCUCCAAACAUCUACGUGCUCGUCCGACCCAUACAAGGACGACUUGCAGUGCUUCCUGUCGCCACAUAAUCUCAUCUCUCACAUGGAAGCGAUCCACCAACGCGCUCAAAAAGGCCCCCGUGACUCGCUGACAACGUUUGCGUCGUCCUCCAUCGGUCACCCUGGGUAUAAGGUCAUUGAUGCAUUUACUCUCGACUACAACGUCAAGUGGCCUCUGUCUCUUGUGAUCUCAUGCGGUGCGUUGACCAAGUAUCAGAUGAUCUUCCGACACGUUUUCUUUUGCAAGCACGUGGAGCGCCAGCUCUGUGACGCCUGGAUGAACCACCAGGCAACCAAAGAAUUGUCGCUGCGUGCUGCACUGGGACCAUCAUUCUGCCUACGACAGCGAAUGCUGCACUUUCAGCAGAACUUCGUGUACUACAUGAUGUUUGAGGUGAUCUCGCCCCGAUGGCACGAUUUCCAGCAGCAGCUAGCGAGCGCAGGGACCGUGGACGAUAUCUUGGAGUUCCAGGGCGAGUUUCUGGACAUUUGUCUGAAGGAAUGCUUGCUGACAGACCCGGAUCUGUUGCGUGUCCUUACGAGACUCAUGAUGGUGUGUAUGGCGUUCGCAAACAGCAUCGAGAGCUACACGCGACCGUAUUUCCUGGAUGAAGAGACGAUUAAAGCUGAACGCGAAGCCGAGAGGGAUCGGAGAGCUGAGAAGAAGGCGCGUGAAGAGGCGGAAGUUGCACUGGCGAGCUACCAGCGUCAGACGGGAACGUUUGGCGGCAAGAAGAAAAGAAGCGUGCUUAGACGCAGGCAGUCCUCGCAGGUUGACAUGCGGCGGACUCGUAUCAGGGAGCUGUCCGACGAUGUAAAGCGUGCAUUGACGGAGCGUGAAGGCGAUAAAGAAAACCCAUUUGUGAGAAUGACGAACGAUCUCGAAAACCAGUUCGACUCGCUGCUGGGAGAGUUCAUGCAGCAAUUGCUGCGACGUUCGCUGUUGCAGCAAAACUCGCAUCUGUCGAAUCUGUGCACGAGACUCGACUACAAUGGCUUCUACACCAAGUAA